AGUUCCAGCGAAGAAGAAGAAGUUCCGGGUAGCAGGUGACAGAUUGAUGUUUUGCUGUGGGUCAAAUCAAUCAGGGACGAGAAUUCCUCCUUUUAAUCAUAAACACCGUUGAUUUACCGGGAGGUGGAUGCGUUCAGUUUGAGGAUUCCUGAUUCCCGUUACCGGAGCUCAGUCUCGGUCCUCCCGCUCUUUGUCGCGCACCGACCCUCUGAUGGCCUCCAAGCGGCCGGACAGCUUCGACGGGCUCGGCUUCCGUGGCCGCGAUGACCCGCUGUACGGAGCGGGCUACCCAGUGAGGAGCGCAGGAGGCCCCGCGGAGCUUCAGCACCACCACUGGGUCACCACGCCUCCGGACAUCCCGGGGAGCCGCAACCUGCACCACGGAGAGCGGACACCUCAGUACGACGAGUCGCUGGGAGAGCCCGGAGCUCCGGGGGCUGCAGCGGGCUGGGACGGUCCUCAGCCAGGGGUACCUCCAGCAGAGCAGCUGAAUCGAUUCGCCGGCUUUGGAAUCGGACUCGUCAGCCUGUUCACAGAGAACGUCCUCGCUCACCCCUGUAUCGUCUUCCGCAGACAGUGUCAGGUGAACUACCACGCCCGCUGUUACCACCUGACUCCGUUCAGCGCCGUCGCCGUCAUGUACUCCAUCACUAAAGCUCAGGGUCCGAAGUCUCUGUGGAAGGGGAUGGGCAGCACCUUCAUUGUUCACGGGAUCUCACUGGGUGCUGAGGGCAUCAUCAGCGAAUUAACACCGUUACCACGGGAGCUUCCUCACAGGUGGAGCUGGAAACAGCUGUCUGGACAUUUACUGCUGAAAGGGUUGACAGCUGUGGUGGCUCUUCCUUUUUACUGUGCCAGCCUGAUCGAGACGGUCCAGAGCGAGAUCGUGCGGGAUGAUGCGUCCUCUGGGCUGCUUGAUUGUCUCCGUGAAGGUUUGACUCGUUUGUUUGCCGUUGGAGCUCCUCACAGCCGCCGUCUACUUCCUCUCAGCUCUCUGCUACUUCCUGCCGCGCUGCACGCCAUCCUGCGUUACGCCAUAGCUGCCUCUGUCCAGAGGGUGGCACUGUGGCUCCAUCAGCGAGGACGGAAGCAGCGAGCAGACCCUUCCAACCCACUGGAUGCAUACUUCCCAGAGUUGGCGGCCGCAUGGGCGGGGUCACUGGUGGCGGACAUCAUGCUGUUUCCUCUGGAGACAGCGCUGCACCGCCUCGGCCUGCAGGGAACACGCACCAUCAUUGAUGCCACAGACGGCGUGGUCGCUGUGGGAAGUGGUAGCAGCCCACUGGUGCUGCCUGUCAACACGCAGUACGAUGGCUUCUCCGAGUGCCUCCACGCCAUCCGCCGCAAGGAGGGCGUGGUCGGCUUUUACCGAGGCUUUGGCGCCCUGGUGGCCCAGUACGCGUUGCACGGUGCGCUGCUCGCUGCUGCCAGGACGCUGCUGAGGCUGCUGCUGCUGGAAGGGAGGGGCUGCUAGAGACAUUACCAUGGAGACACAGCAUCACUUCCUGUACAGAGGUCAGACAGCAAGUUCCCACUCCAGAUGCCGUCACCAUGACAACCAAACACCCUGUCAGUUUGUCAGCAACAACAAAAACAUUUAUUUAUAUAGACAUGGAAAAUAUACAAAAUAAAAGCAACAACAAACAGAAAAACGUUCAAUAGUCUCUCAAAAAUAUACACGGACAGCUGGACCAGAUCAUGUGAUUUUUACACACACACACACCAUCACCAUAGCAACCACUUAGUGAUGCCAUCAACCUCCCUGGAGUACCAUAGCAACCAAAGAGUAGCCACUUUGUGCUGCCAAAGCAACCAGGAAGCGUUUAAACUCCACAGAACAAAGAUCCAGGUCAUGUUUAGCCUAGCUUAGCAUCAAGACUGAGAGAAGAAGGGAACCUGUUAGCCUAGCUUAGCAUCAAGACUGAGAGAAGAUUGGAACCUGUUAGCCUAGCUUAGCAUCAAGACUGAGAGAAGAUUGGAACCUGUUAGCCUAGCUUAGCAUCAAGACUGAGAGAAGAAGAGAACCUGUUAGUUUAGCUUCACUGAACACAAACUGUCUUUCUCUCGAUAAUACGCUAACACUCAAAGUUUACGUCACUUCCUGAUGUCACUUCCUGCCUGAAAAACAAAAUGUUGUGGUGGUUGUGUAUCGCCAUGGGGACGCAGUGUUACUUCCUGUUCCAGCAUGAUAGCAUGGUCCUUAUGAUCCAGUCUUAAAAUACUGAAAGCUGAUUGGUCAGCAUCUCUUUGUGUAAAUAACGCUGACACAUCUGGAGACACUAUUUGUAUAAAGCUGUAAAAAAAGUAUCAAAGAAAUGUAGAUGUAGAAUAAAUUAUUGAAAUCAGAUAAUUGAAGAACAAAUUGAAUCUCUGCUCAUGUUUGUAAAUUUAUUCUGAAUUAGAAUCAGAAGAAAAUAAAGUAUUUUAUUGUGAAGUUGAGUUUAAAUCACUGCGUCUGCGCUUGUUGUGUUUAGUUGUAAAUGUCACACGUUGACACUUUGUGCUGUUAAAUAAAAUCUAUGAUUUAAAUCUG